GACGUAUAUCCGGUUUAGUUCACUAGCAUAAAGAGCAGGGACGUGCCCGACAAGUUGAGCGCUCCGUUGUCGCCUAAAAAUCAAACACUUCUUCAAAUAAUUGUCGACAACAUGGCAGAGAGCGACUGGGACACCGUGACCGUUUUGAGGAAGAAGGGAUCGGCCGCACAGUCGAAGUCUAAGCAGGCUAUCAUUACUGCUCAGAGGAAAGGAGAGGCCGUCGAGACGUCGAAGAAAUGGGCUGCUGGACAAAACAAACAGCACGUUGUGACCAAGAACACGGCCAAGCUGGACCGAGAGACAGAGGAGCUCAGCCAUCAGAGAGUGCCUCUGGAAGUGGGAAAGGUGAUCCAGCAGGGCCGGCAGGAUAAAGGCCUCACCCAGAAAGACCUGGCGACUAAAAUCAAUGAGAAGCCUCAAAUCAUUGCGGAGUACGAAUCUGGGAAGGCCAUUCCCAAUAACCAAGUAAUGGGAAGAUUGGGCGAGCCAUUGGGCCUUAAGUUGCGUGGAAAGGACAUUGGGUUGCCUCUUGAUUCUGGCCCUAAGAAGAAAUGAAUACAAAAUCCUCGAAAGAUCCACCAUUCACUGAAACCUUUCAGUACUUGUAUGAUCUUUACAGUUAAUCUUUAUUAAUUGCUGCAUUACUUCAUAUUUUCUCGAUUCAAUGGUGGAUCAGACGCACUCAUAUUGCCACCUACACAGAAGGCUUAUUAUCUAACGUUUUAUGUCAGAUGAUGAAGACUUGGAAUUAUAAUUUUUUUUUUUUUUUUUAGCCUGCUCACUGCUUUGAAAUAAAAACUUAUUUCUAUGUCUGA